AUGGUAUCAGGACGACAGAAACAAACUGCCCCACCAGCCCAGGUUUCACAUGAUGCCAGGCCGGCCGCUAAGACCGACGAAAUUCAGUUUGUUUUCCUAGUUGAUGAUGGAUCAGUCGUUGUUGACGGAAUCAACAUAAAUGUCUCUCUGCGAGGCAGUGGCAUUAAAGGUUCAGUGAUCCAUCAACCUUGCAGGCAAGAAUCAAGAAGUUCUACAAGUGUGGUUGUCAGCUCCGAUGAGUCUUCUGUUCAAUUUAGCAGCCGCUUAAAAGACCUGAUGAUUUGGAGGCUAAUGUGCCCCAAUGUUUUCGUUUCGCACACCUCACAGGUCAGCGGGGCCCGUGUUAAACAUGACUGGAAAUCCGCAGCUGCGUGCCGGCUGUUACUCUAUGAUAUGAACGAAGAUCCCCUUGGUAUGGUUCAAGUGGUUGAUCGAAUUGUGGAGGAUGAAGUCAAAUAUAUUAUUGAGUUGAUUUCUACGAUCGAAUCAUCACAAUCAGAGCGCGAAAUACAUUCUACCACAGCUAAGAGAAUGAUUAUCCAUCGAUUCCACGUUGCAAUGUUUUUGGAUGAUUACCAUGUACGAUUUUUACUCCUUCCGUCAUUAGUUUACUCUAUUUCUGGAAAGGUCGCUAGACUCUCUAUCGCCCCUGCGAAGGGUUCCAAAUUAGAACUUGACUUUGACCUGAAGAAUAAUUCACACAAGUUCUGGACAGAUAAUGAGGCGGAUUCGAGCAUCAUUUCUGCCCUUGAUAUCCCUCCUAUCAACGGGCGUAUCAUUGUCGAGACGCCUCCUAAUCAAACAUCUUUGGAUAUCGAUAUAACCAUGGAACUCACCAAAGUCGAUGCUGGAGCUGUCCGGUUCACAUUGGCUGGUGUCAAUAUUUUUGCAACUGCUCCUGGUUUGAGUAGUAAGGAUUACUCUGCGGACAUGAACUUUAAAGUGGGCUUGGUGCAAUUCCAUUUAGAGAAUGCUUCUCUCAAUGCACCCGUUCUUCAUUAUCCUGAAUUUAACCUCCGUCUAUCUCGCAUUAGUUUCGACCUCAAGAAACGCGAUGAGGUGCAUACAAAUCAUUAUGGUACCUUACUUCUCGACGCUCAGAUAUUGGGAACUUCAAAGACCAAUGAUGAUGGUGAUGUUGUGCGAUCAUAUGAUGUAAUCAACAAAAGUUUGCAAAUCGAACUAUAUGCCGAGACUGCAAUGAUGAUUGUUGAUAUUGCGGCCCACCUUCAAGAGAGACUGAAGACUCUCGAUUUAUCGCAGGAGGUCAAACAUCUCAGGAGACUGCGAUUGAUCACUGCACCAGAAAGGAUGUCGUCCAUGGAGACCCGUGGCGAGCAGGCCGAGACUCAAAAUCUGUUCAAUGCCAUGUACUCAGUUGUGCUCGCUAAUAUCCAAGUGAGCUGGGUCAUUUCCACGCCAGCCCACACUCUCCAAGGAAGACAACCAGAAAAUCUCGUCUUUUCCAUCAGGAAGGUAGAGCUGGCAACUAAAAGACAAAGCGCCGCCCGUCUAAGGAUUGAAGAUUUGCAACUUCAAAUGGUUCCUCUACAGAUGGACAAGACGAAAAGGUCACGAAAUUCUGCUCUUCUACCCGAGGCCGUGUUCAACGUGGCGUACCUCUCCAAUGGAAGAGAGCGCCGACUGGCAUUUCAAGCCGCGGGGAAAGAGUUGGAUAUUCGAGUGACAUCAGAAUUCAUUCUGCCAGCAAGGAUUCUUCAGGAUUCGAUCGCAUUAGCCAGCGACAACCUGCGCAAAGCAAACAGGCUUUGGAGUGCUGCGAUCCCUCUGGAAAAGAAAAAGACAACAUCUAGCACAAGUAUUAUUAGGCUCGCUUCUCUACUCAUCGAUGCUGAUUUUUCCGGAGCCGUCGUCAGUUUGCAAGGUCGGCAGGACGAUGGGACGACAGGCGCUGCUUCAACAACGACUCGAAAUUCUCGAGCAUCUGGUGGAGGCAAGUACGGCCAGUAUAUCCCGCAGGAUGCUGAAACCACAGCAACUCUGCGAGCUCCCGGGGUAGCGUUAAAAGUCCAGUACGAAGACUCUGGCGAUGGGGAGCCCACCUUGAAUGCGGAAAUGAAGGUCGAUGCCUCCACCAAUGUCCUCUACCCCACUGUUGUUCCUCUGAUCACCCAAAUAUCUGAGAGUGUGAAAGAAGUAGUUGGAGAAUCAGACGGAACGAACGACUUCUCCGAUAACAACCAACAACCUGCCCAAAAGUCCUCACUUGAGAGACCUCUGGGCACAAAUGACCCUACAACCAUCCUUGGGCGGUUCAAUACUGUCCAAUCAGCAGAGCAGAGGCGGUUUUUUGCUAUGGCUUUGGCGUUUAACUCGUUACAUGCUUCGGUCAAGCAUGUAUACUCCACCGAAUCCACAGCUAGCUUGACAGUUGACUCUAUUGUUAUGUCAACGAUAAAUAGCAAGCAUGUCAGCUCUAACAAUGGAAUUUCGGCAAUCCUGAAGAUCAGUCCUACAGGGCUUCAUGUGAACGCCAAACAAGUUCAGGACUUCCUUCUGUUCCGGGAGAUCUGGGUUCCGCCUAAAGGCCCACCGACCCAGCGGCCAGCUAAACCCCAACCCGCUACGGAUACGCAUGCAUACCUCGUGCAGCGCUACCAGCAAAUGGCUGCCACUGGCUCUUUUCCUUGGAAUGCUGUACUUGCGAUAACGCAGCUGGAUAUUUGCCUUGAUCUAGGCCAGACUUUAGGUAAAUCGGAUUUCGCCAUCAAAGGUUUAUGGUUAACGUCGAAGAAAACGUCUGAUUGGGAGCAAAAUCUCUGCAUUGGAUUUGAGGAAAUCGCUAUUGAAAGUAAGGGCCGGCUAAGCGGGAUCAUUGGGUUGCAUGACUUUAAGAUUCGAACGUCGAUCCGAUGGCCAGACAGCGAUCAAAAAGCAUACCAGACUCCCUUGAUCCAGGCAUCAGCAAGGUUCAAUCAACUAGAGACGAAAGUAUCCUUCGAGUAUCAACCAUUCUUGGUGGCGGAUAUAUCGUCGUUCGUGUUUUUCAUGUACAACGUUCGGAAUACAUCAUUAUCGCAGAAGGACUAUCUUGUCAGCAUUCUGGAGGGAGAUAGAGUUCAAAUAUUCUGCACCUCACUUACUGCUUCGCAAAGCUUAGCUCUAUACCAAGCACUCCAACGAUUCGUACAAGAGAAACAGACCGCGUAUCAAUCCUCCUUAAAGGAAAUUGAAAGAUUCCUGCGUCGCAAAUCCACAAUCGGCUUCGACGAGCUUCUUCAGCAACCAGCAGCAGAUGCUCCAUUGGCAAAGAAAGCCGACGACGAUAACCAGAAAAUGCCGAUAUCGCUGCACACCGAAGUGGUUGUAAUUCUCAAAUCCAUCAACCUCGGCGCAUUCCCGGGUACGUUCCACGACCACCAGAUCUUCAAACUGGUAGCUCUGGAUGCCGAAGCGCGUUUCUCCGUCGCAGCUGAAGAUGGACGAAUCCACAGCGGACUUGGGCUCACACUGGGCCAGCUCAAGGUAGAACUUUCCAGCAUCAGUCGGCCCACGGGAGCCCCACCGCCAGCACCCGAAGACCUCUCAGUACACGACAUCGUGACGCGUGCCGAUGAAUCCCGCGGCGGGACGAUCCUAAACGUACCUCGUGUCCUCGCAAGCAUGGAAACCUGGCAAACACUCCACUCGAACCAGAUAGACUACAUCUUCAAAAGCUCCUUUGAAGGUAAAGUCGACGUUGGCUGGAACUACUCGCGCAUCAGUUUUAAUCGGGGGCAUGUGGGACUAACCAACAACAACAGCCUUGCCAGCCGGCUGGGGAAACCGCUGCCACAGCCGACGGUAAAGAUUACGCGCGAACGCGACGAGGGCAGCGAAGGCGGAGAGGAUACGGGUCAGGUAAAAAUCACGGCGGUAGUCAAUGUGCCGCAGUCGCGGUAUGUGUAUACAGCGCUAGAGCCGCCGGUGAUCCAGACGCCGCAGCUGCGGGAUAUGGGGGAAGCGACGCCGCCGCUUGAGUGGAUUGGGUUGCAUCGGGAUAAGCUGCCGCAUAUCACGCAUCAGAUCCUCAUUGUGACGUUGAUGGAAAUUGCGAAAGAUGUGGAGGAUGCGUAUGCGAAGAUUUUGGGGUCGGCAUAA